AUGUCUAAACACCCAGUCAUCGCGAUCGCAGGUUUGGCUUGCGAAACGUCCACUUUCUCGCCAGCGCGGACGACAGCAGCAGCUUUUCACCCACGUCACUGCCGAGAAAUUAUCGACAAAUACACCUUCCUACACCCGGGGACUCCUCUUGGAGACAAAGCCAGUUGGGAAGGUGCACUUAUCGGCCAUGCUUUGCCUGGUGGAGUUGUGACUAGGGUUGCGUUCGAAGAACUGGCAAUGAAAUCAUUCGUGAAUCGUGCACUAUCGACGGCUUAUGGCUCGACAUUCACGGUGCGAUGUGUGUCAAAGGGCUGGAUGAUGCAGAAGCGGAACUGCUUCGGCGGAUUCGGGUAG